AUGCUGAGCCCAAGCCGCUGCCUUACGCUACACCGAUGCCGUUUCAAUACGAGUGUUUCGUUGGCUAACCUGAAAGGUUUCAGUACAGACAGUGGCGGGGAAGUGGGCAAGGAACUGGAACACGCUUUGAACCUCUCUAAUGAGAUUAGCAAAACGAGCGAACAAAAGUUGCAUUCAACUCAGGCCGGCGAAGACCAGGAGGCUACGAGAACAAAGGCUAGCGGAAAGGCCAGCCUCAAGUAUGUUAAGGAAGUUGACCGGAUGUUAAAUCGCGAACGCGGCCCAACUCGAAGCCAAGGACAGAGGAUCCUGGAGACGGCAAACAAAAUCCUACAGCGAAAAGAGGGCUCGGCCAAAACUUUCAAAGCACAGUUCUGCGUGCAGCCGUCCGGGAUAAGCUUCGAGCCAAUCAAGGCGACAGGUGGAGCUGAUGCGAAGCCCCCAAAGCUAUGUCAUGAGCUGGACCGAGUUUUGUUCCAACCCAUGAACUUUCACAACCUUCAGGAUGCUCGAUCUGGCACCUACAACUUCAGUAAGUGGCUUGAAAACAUUAUAAAGGUUGACGACUUCGAUUUCGAAGCCGUGUCCGAGUUUGUAACGGCAUCCAAAGAUAAAAAAAUGCUGGAGCUGACACAAGAUCACAACAAAAGAUACUAUUCCUCCACUAGCUCUAUGACGGGCAUCCUUUCACACAUGCAUUUUCUCAUUUCCAAUUUCAGGAAAACAAACAUGUCCAUGAUUUCCAAGCACUUCGCGGAGCGCUCUGCGGGCUUUACCUGGGGCGCGCAGCUGCCAGCUGUUGUCAUAAUGAAACGCAUGAAACAAGAAAAGGAGGUUUACUCAAUAGACUCUGACAAGUCUUCUGAUCGUGAACUCAUUUUAUCACUCUUAGGGCAUGCUCUUGAGACUGUCUUAACUACUGAGGAAAAACAAUUUAAGCAGGUUUACGACAAAUCGUCAAGAACUGAUGCCUCUGUCCGAACUCCACCGGCAGGAAGCUACCACUAUGCUAAGAUUCAAGACUUUGUGCUCAGGUCUCAAUUGGAUGCGUACCAUGAUAAGCUGCCCGGAACAGGCGUGUUUGAUCUCAAAACAAGAGCAGUAGCGGCUGUAAGACACGACAUUGCAUAUGUCGAGAAAAAUGAUAAUUAUACCGGAUACCAAAUUCAACAAACGCUCGGAAAAUUCGAAUCGUUCGAAAGAGAACUCUUUGAGCUGAUAAGGAGCACCAUGCUCAAAUACUCACUACAGGCCCGCAUUGGUUGCAUGGACGGCAUAUUUGUUGCUUACCACAAUAUAUCAAAAAUGUUUGGCUUCCAGUAUCUCCCUUUUGAGGAGAUGGAUCAUAUUUUGCAUAGCUAUAAAUGCCGAUCGUUCGAAAACGUGCUUGAAGGCCGAAGCGAAGCCUUCAAGGCAAUAUUCGGAGAAGAGGAUUUUAUAGUCAAACAUGACUAUGCGAAUUUCGAACGAAAAAUAUCAUCUGCAAUCGCUGACAGCGAGUUCAAGAUUUCGAUGUCUGUGCUUAACAAUUUGCUGCGGUUAGUCGAGUCUGAGCUCCCCGACAAAUCCUACUCUUGUAGGUUGGUAUUCAAAGCUGAAAAAAAGAGGGUAUUUGACAAAAGCGGCAAUUCACGUAAGGUUCCAGUGCUUAAUGUCAUAGUGGCACCUUUGACAGAGGAACAGACCAACGAAUUUCAGAACACAGACCUGAGAAAAGAAUGCCUACAAGAUAAUGGUAAAACCAACAAUUACAUACAAAGAAUGCGCCAGCUCAAUGAAAAGACAGCAAAAACACUUAUUGGCUUUGAAGUUUUUGUCGAGCAUGAAGUUCAGCAUCACCCAGACACUAUAAAGCAGCCCCGUUUUGCUGACAAGAAGUCAACGGUGUUAGACGAAAAGGCAAAAAGGUUCGUCAAGGCAGCAACUCAAAAGAACUACUAUGAGGAUCUUGCUGAGUGGAAACACGUUCAAUUCUUUCACCCACUAGACAUCUUGAAGUGGAAGCCUAAGUUUGAAGUGAAUCAAAUAACUAAUGAGGACAAGUUAAGGAAAUUGUAUCUUGCAUACUUAGAUGACAGGCUCUCCGCAUUGAGAGGGCAAAGCACGUCGGAUAAGCCACCGAAGGCUUCGCGGGACAUCAUAUCCGAACGCAUCAAAAAUUUCAUGUCAGGAGAGAGUGCAAGCAACGGAGAGAGAGGCGCCACUGCUGACAAGACAGAAGUCUCACAGCUUCAGGCGGUUUUACGUGCAUAUUCGAAAAAAGGAGAGCUCGCUGUGAAGCACUCUAAAUAA